CAGGAAGACUGUAUGAAGGAUUUUAGCUCACCGGAUCACUUUCAAAACAGGAGACUAACACCUGCACACUCUAUCGUCUCCAUCUGCUCAAUGCAUUAAUUCCGUGUUAACUUCUGGCACGGCAGAAUAAUAAUAAAAUAAGCAGCAGCGGAAAAAAACUGAUAAAAAUGGACUUGGUGACUGGAACCCCCAUAGUGGUGAAUGAAACUUCAACACGCUGCCUGUCCGCCCAAGAAGAUGCAGGGACUUUGUUCCUGCAAAUGAUCAUGAUAAUUGAGAUCACUGUAGGCCUGCCAGGAAACAUAAUAGCCUUGUGGAUUUUCUUUUUUCGCAUGAAGUUCUGGAAACCCCACAUAAUCUUUCUCUUAAAUCUGGUUCUGGCUGACUUCCUGCUCCUCAUCAGUGUGCCCUUCCGCAUCCACACCCACAUGCGAGGGGAGUACUGGGUGUUUGGAGAGGUCUGGUGCAGCAUCAACCUCUUCAUGCUGGCUGUCAAUCGUUCUGCCAGUAUUGCAUUCAUGACAGUUGUGGCUCUGGAUCGCUAUUUUAAAGUGAUCCAUCCGCAUCACUGGAUCAGCCAAAUGACUCUGACUCACGCCGCCUGGCUCGCAGGCCUGACAUGGGUUGCUGUGAUUGCCCUUCGGAUUCCGUUGCUGACCACCAACCUCCUCCAGCAGGAUGGCAACAUCUCCCUGUGUCGUAGCUUCAACUUCUACAAAGUGAUUCCCGUGGGGGUAAAGAUACAUUACGUGGCCUUUGUUGCAGAGUUCUUCCUGCCCUGGUUCUUGUUACUAUUUUCCUCAGCCAAGAUCGCCUGCUACCUGAACCAACAAAAGCUAAAGGACAUGCAAAAGAGGGUCCGGAGGGCCAUUCGAGCAGUAGCAGUGAUCAGUAUAGUGUUCACCUUCUGCUUCAUGCCAAGUGUCAUCACAGGCCUGGUGGCGUUGUACAUCAGAAACCUCCAUCCUAUGAAAUGCAAGAUCUACCACCGGUCCACUCAGCUCUUCAUGACAUGCAUCAGCUUCACCUACCUCAACAGUGCUUCAGACCCCUUUAUCUACUUUUACUCCAGCUCCAUGUUCCGUAACAUUCUCAGGAGCUCCAACUGCUUCAAAAAGCAUGUCAGCCGAGUCAUAAAUGCUGAGAAAUAAAGACAAUGAAACAGUAUCAAUUUUAAAUGGACAGACUGACAAAUGGAGAGUCCCUGAACUGUGGAAUAUUGGAUGCACUGAAAUAGGCUCAAACACUCUUUUGAGAACUAGAGCGGAAGACUCUAAUGGUGGUACUGAAAAUCAGUCCAGGGAAAUUUGUCCUUCAGUAAUUCAUAUGUUCACAUAUACAGUAUAACAAAGCAUGAACUAUUUUCUACAAGGCAUGAUGUAAACACACAUGCAAAAUAGCUGACAUUUUCAUGUACUUGUGACACUCUGGAUUUUUUAAAACUAAAGCAACACUGGAGAGAUUUUUAAGUGUAGUAAAAAUUAGGUUGUAUUCUUUCAGUUCUUCAGUUUCCUACUAUAUUUGAGAUAACUCAGUUAUUAUUUUGAAUAAAGUGUCUCCUAUUAAAGAUUUAGAACUAACUUCUCUAGCUGCUUAAAUGUUUGAAUUGUGUGUAUUGAUAUACAGUACAUAGCCUGAUUUUGUGCAACGAGAGAACACAGUGAUCAGCAGAGCUGUUGGAUGGAUUCAAUAGUAAUACUUUAAUACAAUGAUGAAAUGUAAGCGCAAUAAAAUCUUAUGUGGAUACA